AUGACCCUGAGAAGAGUGUUGACUAGAAUACCUAUCACUGCUAGAGCCAAACCUGUAAAUACUGGGGCAGUAGCUCGAUUGCCACUACCACAACGUGGCUUUGCAACAGCAAGCCGUCGCACAGCAGCCUCCACCUCACCUCGGCAUGAACAACCACGUCGUCCAUUGCAUAUCCCUCCUUUGCCAGUCGCCUUGAUCAGCGUUGGCUUCAUCUGUUUAGGCGUCGGUUUGUACGAGUAUCUUACAUCUGAUAUCCAGAAGUUCCCAGUUCCUGUACGUCAAGCUCUCAGAAAGGCCCUCUACUAUCAACAAGACAAAGAUUUAACCCUGGCACUAAAAUACUUUAACGAAGCACUGCAGCUAGCUUUGGAAUCUGAUGAAUUGGAAAAAAAUGGCGCCCCUCUUACUGGCAUUAUGAUUCAGCUGGGUAGUUUGCAAGAGCGUAUGGGUCGUUUGCCAGAUGCCAGGCAGACAUUGACAUUGGCUCUACGCCAUUUAUUGGGUUUGCAUGAUUCUCCCAGUGUGGAUGUGUCUAGCAAGGAUCUCUCGCAAUUCACCCCUAUAGAGCAAAAAAAAGCAGUAGGAAUAGCGCAGAAGUUGGGCGAUAUCACUUCAUCUAUGAAAUGGGAUGAUGAGGCAGAAAAGUGGUAUGUUUGGUCUGUGGAGCAUCUGCUAAAGUCGUCAUCCAAGCCUAAAUCAGCAUACGGUGAUUCGACUGAACUGAUUUUCGAUCAAGAGCAUAUGCCAGAUUGGUUGACCAAGACAGACAUUGGCGCUGCUAUGGAAGCAUUGGGCGGAUUUUACGCCACAAGAAAGAAGCCAGAGCUGGCCAUUCAUCUCUAUCUGAGAGCAUUGACAUUGAACGGAAUGCAAUCGUGUCAGUCUGCUGUGCUGAUGAACAAUUUAGCAGAGGCAUAUGCCAGUAUAGGCCAUUUCGAUGACGCGAAGCUUUGGGGACAACGAGGACUGGACCUAGCACAAAACCCAAAUACAGGCAGAGCGAACAAGGAUGGGGAAAUCUGUAACGAGACAUGUGGAGUGUUACUAUUCAACAUGGGCAUGUUGUUCGAGCAAACAAAGGAUAAAGCCAAAGCACUGCAGUUUUAUGCAAGCGCAAAAAAGCAUGGCCGAGAUCAUAAACAGCCAGAAUGUAUCAAAGAAGCUGACAGAGCACUGAAGCGUAUAGAAUUCGAAAAAGUACGAGACGAAUAA